UUGCCUUGCAAAGGCCUCUCUCUGCUUCCUCCUCUGCGGCUCUGCCCGUCCUGUUGUCACUCAGUGCCUGCGCUGGCCGGGAGCAUGGCCCAUCACUGGCUGCCGCUGGCCGCUGUCGCCAUGGGACUGUGUGCUCAAGAGCUCGGUACGUCCAACUGGAAUGUGGACCAACCAUCCCCAGUGAAUGGCUGGCCAGGGGGCUCUGCAGCCCUGUCCUGUAACUUCACACACCCUCCGACCUCGGGCCCCACACGCAUCCUCUGGCUGAAAGAUAGGCACAACCUGUACCCCCAGCCAGACUCAGGAGAGGUUGGAGUGGUGGUCCUGAACUGCACAGUGAAAACGCUGGGACAGGAGUGCAGUGCAGGAGCUGGCUGGAAGGGACGCGUCUCUCUGGAGGGGGACCUCCAGCAGAGUAACGGAGCCCUGAGAUUGAGAGAUCUGAGGCUGAGUGACACUGGACCCUAUUACUGUCGCCUGGAGUUACUGGAGAACAGCACAAGGGGCUUCACCUUUGUCUAUCCAAGACUGCUCAACGUCAGCAUGGUGGAGCCAGUCUCCAUUCGGAACCUGUCCUCAAGCGCUGGCAGCUCUGGCGCCGUCCUGCUGAUGUGUGUCGCAGGGGGGAGCCCUGUGCCCUCCCUCACCCUCUUCAGCCCCACGGGCAGCACUGUUCCCAACCUGCCCAGCACCUCCCCGGGACAGCUGAGCGCAGUGCUGCACUCUCCUGUGCCCCCUGGUAAUUACACCUGUGUGGCAAACAACACAGCUGGCCAGGAAACCCGCACCAUCUGGCUGGAGGGAGAUACCCCAGAGGCAAGCCAUGGGGGUCACUCUGUGUGGGUGUACAUACUGGUGCCCCUGUCUGUGCUCGUCGCCAUAGCUACCAGCUUGGCACUGUUCCUCUGGAGGAGGAAGGGGGUUUCAGGGCCUGAAGACUCUCACCCAGUGAUGGGUGAAGAGCACAUCUACAUGAACACAGUCUGCAAGGCUGGACAGCUCAAGAGACCCCAGGGCAGAGACCUCACCUAUGAAAACACGAAGUGGUGAAGCAAGGAUUUGUUCCAGUUCCAUGUUCCUCUUCCCAGCUUGAGCCUCAGUUUUCAAUGUUUUUUUUGGUACUGUAGAGUGCUUCCUUUCUCGCUGUAUUGUGUGUUUUUGCUGGUGAAGUUUGUUAAAAGUAGCUUCUUGGACGCCCUUCUUCCUGAGCGCCUUCCCAGCUGACAUCAAUGUUUUCAUCUGCAUCUGUGUCUUCAUCGCAGGUUAAGACCCUAUUUAAACUGACACCCCCAAACCUGUCAAGUUCCUUCAGCUCAUAGCACAAAGAAGCAAACUGAAAUCCUAACCAAAUAGCUUUUCGCUCAUUCUCCCACAGUUUUAUAAAAUAUAUUUUUUUAAUUUAUGAAGAGAAUAAACUUCAGGGCUAACAGUUGCUAUUGAUGCUAUGCAACACUGCAUCCCAGAAUGUUCUUUGGUGCUGUGUGGUACUGUAGCAUUGGGGCUUUCAGAGUGAGAGCUGCAACUAUGAGGAGACUCUGGGACACAGGGGCCAGGGGAGAAGAAACACUGUUUAGGAAAGUGAGUCAGACAGGCAUGCAUUUUCAGAACACACCAGCUCUAGUCAGCCUUGCCUUAGACUGACGUGGCAUCUAGGUCAUUUCUGCAGCACCUGUUCGCCCACAGUUCACUGCAUUUGAAGUGAAUCUGUUCCCGUAACAUGACUUGAAAAUUAAACCCCUAGUUUUGAGAAACCUUUGUUGUAACAGAAAGAAUAAGGUCUGGAUCCCGAGAUGAAGUUAAACAGAUGAGUUUAUUGCAUGCAAGGAACAAUAGAACCGAAGUCUUGUUUCCCGCAAGAAACAACAAAACAGAAGUAUUGUUUCAAGUGCUGGUACAAACUUCCAGUUUAUAUAGGGUUUUCCUACUGCUUCUGAUGUCACUCAUUAUUAUUGUAAAGGGGGGAGGUCAUGUGUUUGGCCAGUUUACAGCCUUUUGGCCAAAUGGUCAGGGAUUAAGUCCCCAGGGAGUUUCCUAGCUUGCAUCUGGAAUCCUUAUCAGUUCUCCCUUUCCUGCCAUAAACUCCUGUUGCUUAGAAGACUAAUCUUCAAGCUGAAAUGACUUAAUUUAACCCCCAUCUUUACAUUUUGUAUUUUACUUCACCUUCUUCCCCAUUAGCUGGAUUAAUCAUACAGUUUAGGUCUUUUAAUUGAUAAUUGGAUUAUUAUUGUAUGUGGCUUAAGAGUAAAUCACUUUCUAAAGAAGAUCUUGUAACAUCGCUUGUAAGUAUAUUUUUAUGGAUAUUUUUAUGGCAUUAAAAACCUAAUUAUUUUUUUAAAACUAUUAACGUGAUCCCUCGUGUCGGGUUCUCUGUUCUCCUGCUUGUGGUUUUGUCUGUUUAAAAGCAAGCUUAUUAGUUCGGGAUGUGCUGUGACUCACCAUUUGAAAUGCUGGAGUAAGGGUUUUAUUUGGUAUUAAAAGCUCUACUUGAAUGGGCGCACACAGGGACCCUCUGUACAGGGCACCUAGAGGCUGUGCCAAGCUGAGGGACAGGCUGGUGCCUUCUCUCGGUGCCAUUGAUCUGUGCAGGGUAUGCAGAGAAACGGGAAAGUGUCCUUAGGAAGGGUUAUUGCUGUAUACCAUGGUAAAGGUUUGCUAAAGCAUUGAAAUACCAUGAGUUGCUCUGAUUCUGGCAGGUAUGGGUAUUUUGGGAUUAGAUUAGCUAUUUUGGGAAAGAGUGUUUGCCUAAACCCUACAUUUUUUAUAAAGUGCAGCAGAAAGUGUACCUGUGUCUCAGCUUCUCUCUGCUGGCAGUGGGAGCACAGCCUACCUUCUCUGGACAGCCAGGUCUGCCUGUGUUGCCCAAUCCCUGUCCUGGCUUUGGUCACUGAGUCUGUACUUCAUCAGGGAGUGUUUCUCCAUGUUGGAUGGAGACAGAUACUCGGCCAGUGUGUAUUGUCUUGUUAGGUCCCAGUUGCAUUCAGUUUGUGUUGCAUGUGUCCCAGUGGGAGAGGUAGUAUUGUUCACUUUGCAGUGUAGUAGUGUUGAUGCUGAUUUGUAGUGUUUUAGUAGUGCUGUGAAGAGGAUGUCUGGUGCCGGUGUGGCUCUGACUAGCUGACUGUGGGGGCUGAACUCAAAAAGUGGACUGGGUGAGCGGUAGGUUGUCAAAGCUCAUCCUGACCCUUUCCACCCUGUUUCAGCUCUUCCUUUCACAGUUUCAAAGGUUUAAAGGCAAUGCACAUCACACAUUAUCUGUUUUAAAUUAACAUCUUUGGAUUUACACAAAACCUAGAAAAAUUACAAAAUGCUGAUGUAAGAGAUACUGUACAUGUAGCUAAUAAAAAGGUAGGAUUUAGACUUAAAGAUGUCAGAAGUUAGAUGUACAAAUUGCUCUAUAAGAGACUGAAAUUGAUGGAACUAAGGCUAAAUAUGUCAGUAUAUGAAAUCAAAUCAAAUUUCUACACAAUUUCAUUACACAUCACUUAUACCAAUUGGG